CAGACAGAACGACAAAACGGUGUUUAGGAGACUAUCCUCUCAACUGGGAAAAAGAGUCCUGUUUACACAGAGGACAUCUACCAAGCACUCAAAACAAUCAUUCCUCCAGGAUGGCCACCGCCACACUCACCGACUCAAAAAUGACCGACUCGGUGGUUUCAACACAGAACAAGUCCAAAGUCGAAAGAUUACCGGUAACGGUAGAAAAACCAAGUCCAUAUACAUAUGAACUCAGCUAUCUCACAGCCGUCGACCCCAACCCAUUACCCAGCAGCAAAACGCUACUAUCACAAUCCCUCACCGAACGGAACCAGAUCCUCCAACAAAUUGCGCGAGAUGGCGCACAGUCACUGCUCACCACCCUUUUAACAACAUGCGCCAUCACAUCUACGUCCGAUGGACUCACAAUGAACCUACCACACGCCAGCCAACCGCUUCCCCGAUGGAAACCCUUACCGAAACCCAAGGCGCCAACGACAUGGGAGAAGUUUGCGCGCAAGAAGGGAAUUGGGAAAUUCGGAGGCAGUCUCAAGGGAGGAGCGUCGCUGGAAGACCGACGGAAAAACCUGGUCUAUGACGAGGAAAAAGGCGAAUGGGUCAAGAAAUGGGGAUACAAGGGCAAGAACAAAGAUGCUGAAACUCAGUGGUUGGUCGAGUUGGACGAUGCUGCUGUUCAGAGAGAAAAGGAAGGGUUUGGUGGUCAGGGUCGAACCAUCAGAGGAGAAUCUCGCAGGGAGAGGAAGGAGAAUAUCAAGCGCCAGGAAAGGAAGCAAAGGAAUAAUGAUCGUAAAUCCAGAAAGGGAAAGGCUUAGUGGGCUGGGUUGGGUAAGCCUAGCCUGUGUCGAGCGAGCCUUGACUUGACUGGGAGGAGAUGAUGCGGAUGAAAAGAAAAGACUUCUCGGCCAGCAUUGCAUGGAGUUGCAUUGGUAUUGGCGUUGGCGUUGAUCAAUGGGGAAGGCAACGUCUAUGGAGCUGCCAGGAUGACGACCGCCCUUACUCG